AUGGACCCUUUCCAUUCUCUCCGGACAAUUCUUCCUUGGAGGCGUCUCCAGGAAUGUUGCAUGGGGCGUGGAAAGGAAAAAAGAAGUGACAAGGUCGCGUGCAAUUUGUGCAAUCGCCGCUUCAAGACUGACAACGACCUUCAAGCGCAUGUUCAAAACAAACACCUUCAGGAUCCCAGAGCAGUGGAGUCCCUCAGCAACCAUCUGGGAACGAGGCUGCAGAUUGUGCUGGAGGAUGAUUGGAUCGCAGUGGUGGUGAAACCUCAAGGCUGCCCAACAUUUGGCAAAGGCAGCUUCGCCAAGUCCUGGUUGUUGGCACAGCUGGCGCCAAGCCAGGCAUCUGAUGCCCUCAGCAAGGCGCGGCCGGCGCAUCGUUUGGACGCGCCGACCGGGGGCUUGAUGGUCUUGGCCAAGAGCAAGAGCUCCAUGCGGCAGCUCUCUGAAGCCUUCGCACAGGGCUUGGUGAAGAAGAGAUAUCGUGCCCUGGUUCGCGGCAACUACGCCCUGGGAAGUUCUGGUGAAUGCAAAGAACCACUGCGACCCGUGCGAGCAGUAUGGCAAGCCCUGCACUACACGAUUCCAGGCUAUGGAGGAGCCAGUGGAGACGCAGGAAGGUCCAGCGUCUUGGAUGAACAUCUCUUUUCUGGGUGA